CAGGAGGAGGGCCACCAAUAGCUCUAAAUAGCGGCGAGCAAGGGGCGGGGCUACAGUGAGUCCCCGCCCCGGGUGGAGUGAGAACGUAAACACCCGCUCUCUCCAACCAGAAGCUUGUUUGGCUUUUGUACGCUCUGCCAUUCGCGGGCCCGGCGUCGGGAGGCGGGGCUAGCAGGAGGCCGCGGCCUAUGCCGAGCAGAUGAGGACAGUGUUUCCCAGCAGGAGAUAAAGGGCCUUACCCAGAGCCAUUGGACCCCGGCCAAGCCCAGACCCCCGCUCGUGUACUCUGUUCCCUGAGGCCACACGAGAUUUACGGCCUGCGUUAUGUCUGGAGCCAGCCGCCCCCUUGCUCUUUUCCUCUGCGGCUGCUGUGCAGUGGCCCUGGGAGCCCACGCCGCGGAGCGCUGCGUGGCCGACGAGCUCGACCCUGAAUCUUACGUGGCCGCAGUGUACGAGCACCAGUUGAUCUCGAGUCCGAACCCUGAAGCUCUCACCAGCCGCAAGCAGGCCUUGGAGCUGAUGAACCAGAACCUCGACAUCUACGAACAGCAAGUGAAGACUGCAGCCCAAAAGGGUGUACAGAUUAUAGUGUUUCCAGAAGAUGGCAUUCAUGGAUUCAACUUUACAAGAACUUCCAUUUACCCAUAUUUGGACUUCAUGCCGCCUCCUCAGUUGGUCAGGUGGAACCCAUGCCUGGAACCCCACCGAUUCAGUGACACAGAGGUCCUCCAGCGCCUGAGCUGUAUGGCCAUCCAGGGAGAGAUGUUCCUGGUGGCCAACCUGGGGACGAAGCAGCCUUGUAACAGCAGUGACCCAGGGUGCCCAGGGGAUGGAAGGUACCAGUUUAACACGAACGUCGUGUUCAGCAACAACGGAACCCUCGUAGGCCGCUACCGCAAACACAACCUCUACUUUGAGGCGGCUUUUGACACCCCUCCGCAGGUGGACCACGUUAUCUUUGAUACGCCCUUUGCCGGCCAGUUCGGCACGUUCACCUGCUUCGACAUCCUGUUCUUCCAGCCGGCCGUCAGCCUCCUCGGGGGCCCUGAGGUGAGGCACGUGGUGUUCACGGCCGCCUGGAUGAACCAGCUCCCGCUCCUGGCGGCCAUUCAGAUUCAGAGCGCUUUCGCCAUAGCCUUCAAUGUCAACUUCCUGGCUGCCAACAUCCACCAGCCGUCUCUGGGGAUGACUGGAAGUGGCAUUCACACGCCUCUGAAAUCCAUCUGGCACCAUGACAUGGAAAGUUCCACGGGUCACCUUAUAAUUGCCCAGGUGGCCAAAAAUCCACAGGGUCUCAUUGAUACAGAGAACGCCACAGAGAAAAUGGACCCAUUCCAUACUAGAUUUUUAAAGCUCUUGGCAAGCGACCCACACUGUGAGAAGGAUUCUCAGGAAGUCCAUUGUGAUGGAGACAUCAGAUGGAACAUGAAUGAUCCUCCCACGUUUCACUCUGAGAUGAUGUACGACAAUUUCACCCUGGUCCCCGCACAGGAGGCGGAGGGCCAUCUCCGAGUCUGUGCAAAUGGCCUCUGCUGUUAUUUACUCUACCAGAGGCCCACUGUGUCCCAAGAGCUGUAUGCCCUGGGGGUCUUCGAUGGCCUUCACACCGUGCACGGCACUUACUAUGUCCAAGUUUGCGCCCUGGUCAAGUGCGGGGGUCUCAGUUUUGACACCUGUGGGCAGGAGAUCACAGAGGCCACGGGGAUGUUUGAGUUCCACCUGUGGGGUAAUUUCAGUACUUCCUAUAUCUUUCCUCUGCUUCUGACCUCGGGGAUGACCCUGGAAACCCCUGACCAGCUCGGCUGGGAGAAUGACCACUACUUCAUGAGAAAGAGGGGACUGUCCUCUGGCCUGGUGACAGCAGCCCUCUAUGGGCGGUUGUAUGAGAGGGACCGUGGAAAGUGAGGGCUGGGCUCUGGCUACCGUGGGGACAGCCCUGAAUUUGCACAGGCCACAGCUCAUAGCACUGGGACCACCUCUGCCCAUCCUGGGAGCUGUGGGAAGAAAUAGGGGAGGCAGAUCCCCCCCAAUGUCUCCUCCUCUUAAAUGAAAAUUAUUGAGCCAUUUUCUUGUAUUUUCCACCCACAUUUAUCUUUUCCAAGCCGUGUCUUCCUCCAGCAAAUCUCCCAUUACACAAUUGGCUUUAAGAGCUAAAACAAGCCUGGCCCAUGUGGCUCAGCGGUUGAGCAUCCACCUAGGAUCCAGGAGAUCGUUGUUUGAUUCCCGGU